ACUUACCUUAUUAGAAGACUGUGAGCUUGCUUAUUGGCUUUCAAAAGCCUUGUCUAUUGCAACCUCAGAGCGCUGCAGACAGGCCGCUGCUGCAGCAUUACACGACGACCCGUUUUAGGAACACCUACAUUACACGAUUCAAUUGUCCUUCCUAAUACACCCGAGAAUUAUGAUAAACUGCUUGUCUGCAGCAAGGUCAACUCACGUCAAGCACCGCUAGCACGCCAGCGCAAUCGCCUAGAUGUUGACUUAAGGCUUAUGAUGUCCAUCAACUACAUUUUGUGCGCAAGCACCCGGCAGCGGCCGGGCUGCAGCCGCUGGCGGUUUGCUCAGUGCAUCGCUUUGGUGUUCUCGCUUGUGUGGCUUCGACUUGCACAGGUCAGUCGGGGCCAUUGCACGAUUUAGCUGUGUUGCUGAAGCAAAUUGUAUCUAACACCUCGCUCGGGUGUGCUACAGGGUAAGGCGGAACGCGUUCAUGCGAGGCACUUCACCACCGGCUCCUGCUGCGGUUGGCGACCGGACUAACUAUGAGGCCUCUACCACGGAGACGGAUGUCCUCACGGUGUUCCUGAAGCCCAUGUUCGGGGACCCCAGCUCAGCAUGCAGUACCGAUGUUACAAACACGUGGACAGGGACCGUGUGUAACGGCACAGCAUGGUACGGCGUGGGCUGCACGGGAGACGGAUCGGCCGUGAUUAACAACACGGGCUUCGUGGAGUCGCUACUGCUGCCGAACUGCUUCCCUGGAGGAGUCGGGGUCGCGGCGUCGCUGCCAUCUCAGGUCUCGGUCCUGACGGCUCUGACGCGGCUGGACCUCACGGGCAACAAGUUGAGCCCCAACAGCGGCCUACCAGCGGACUACUCUGCCCUGACCGGUCUGCGCCUAGUGGGCCUGGCGUCCAUGGAUCUGGAGGCGGGCCCGGUGCCCUCCAGCGGGUUCCCACAAGAGUGGUCCUCGCUUGUCAACCUGCAGCAGCUCGACCUGUCCAACAACCGGUAUCUUGGUGGCGAGUUGCCGCAAUCGUGGACGAACAUGGCAGCAAUCGUCAGCAUAGACGUGUCGAACACGGGGGCUUGCGGCACAAUCCCGGGCGGCCUGAGCAGCCAGGUGACGCCCUCAGGCCUACCUUCGUCCUGUGAGCUGGUGAACUGUCGGCGCUACUUAGUGGAAACGCUGCAGCCCAUGAUCGACAGCCAGGUUCAGCCCGGCUCGGCCUGCAACCUCACCAGCGCGUGGCCCAGCAGCUUGAGCAUUGACUCGUGGGCCGGCAUUACGGCAAUGAUUACGGUCGUUGGUACAACGCCCGUUUCUGACGUCAUCGGUUUCGUGCUGAACGGUUGCUAUGCGAGCAACGGCAACUCCUUCAACGUGGUGUUGCCGGACGGCUUGUCAUGCUUCGGCAGCCUCACGCAGCUGCUGUUCAAUGGCAACAAUGCAGCAGGCCCCCUGCCGGACGCGUGGACCCAGCUAAAUCAGCUGCAGGAGCUUUGGGUGACCGACAACAUCCUGACCGGCAGCCUGCCGGCAUCCUACUCCGCGCUCACGGGGCUCACGACAUUGAAGCUUCACCAAAACCAGUUUACCAACACGCUACCGCCUGAGUGGCAGGCCAUGAGCCUGCUCGCAGACAUCAGCAUCAGCGACAACACCCAACUGAGCGGGGCCGUGCCUUCUGCAUGGGGCAACCUCACCAGCCUCACCACCUUCAGGGCGCGGACCGUGGGGGUUGGUGGCCAGCUGCCGCCCUCAUUCAGCGCCCUGUCGCUUCUGACGGAGCUCACGUUCGUGUCGGACACCCUGAGCGGCUCGCUGCCGAGCGAGUGGAGCACACUGUCCUUGCUCCAGCAGCUGACCAUCACUUCCAACCGAGCCACGUCCACGAUGACGGGCACGAUUCCCAACGCUUGGUUUGGGCCCGGUGGCAUUACCCCUUCCAUGUCGUCGCUUCAGGCCAUCACGAUCAGCAACACCGCAAUUUCGGGGCCCCUCCCCACCGACAUGUCGCAAAUUUUCAGCCUCACAAAACUAGACUUCUCCGCCAACAAGCUCACCGGCGGCCCGACACCGUCGUCUGGAUUUCUGUUCGAGUACAAUACGCUGCAAAACCUGCAGUUGAUUAGUCUUGCCAGCAACCAAUACCUGGGCGGAACCGUGCCAUCGGCCUGGGCAGUUACGAUGUCCAGCCUUACAUUUCUUGACCUCCAGGACACGGGAGUGUGCGCGCCCUUCCCGACGGGUUUGAACAGCGCAUUAACACCCGGCACGUUUGUCAACUCGUAUUGCGACGAUCUGCCCGCUGCCCUCAACCUGGCCACAAACUUUAAGCCGCUUUUCGACAGCGGCAACGUCAGCUUGGCGUGCGACUUGAGCUCGUGGGACAUUUCAAACCCGUUGUGCAGCAACACGUGGAGCGGCGCGCUGUGCUCAGUCAGCCCACCAGACAGCUCCGGCUUCAGCAUUGGGCAACUCACUUCACUGCAGCUCAUUGGCUGCAGCGCGCCAGCUGCUGGCAGCGCGGCUGCCAGGCAGCUGCCCGCAAGCAUUACUCAGCUUCGCGGCAGCCUUCAGGAUCUCGUCAUCUCGACGUCGUACCUUACUGGCACCCUCCCUUUCGAACUUGGCUUCAUGAACCAGCUCACGCGCAUGGACCUGUCCUGGAACCUGGUCAGCGGGACCCUGCCAUCAUUGUGGAGCGGUCUGGGGGCUAUGCAGCAACUGGACUUGAGCGCCAACAGAAACAUCAAUGGCUCCAUUCCUUCCGACUGGAGUGGCAUGAACUCCUUGCGCACGCUGAACCUCGGCGGCAUGGACAAGCUCACAGGGCCGCUUCCGGAAACGCUGAUCUCCAUCCCGGGCCUCGCUGAUGUGACGAUUGAGAGUAACUCCCUUACGGGCACGUUGCCUGCUGUAUGGGAUAACCUGUUUGCACUCACAAGUCUUGUGAUUGGUGCGGGCGGCAACUCGGCACCCGGGCCAAGUGUCAACGGCACCUUUCCGCAGAACUGGUUCACCAGCGGCAACCUGAACAACCUCUGGAACCUGCGCAUAGCGAACACGAAGGUGUCCGGGCCGCUGCCGGAUCCUGGCAGUACCUUCCAAGCCGGCUUUAUGGGUCUGACUUCUCUGGACCUCAGUUCCAACAUGCUCAGUGGAACCCUGCCCGACUCGUACCAGGGCUUCUCCAUCCUGCAGCGCAUCAUUCUGAAUGACAACACGCAGAUCACCGGCAGCAUUCCGACCAGCUAUUCGACACUGGCCACCGUUGGGCUAGUGACACUGAAUGUCGCGAGUACCGGCGUGUGUGGCAGCAUCCCAGCAGACAUUAGCGGCGCCGUAACGCCAAACCCGCUUCCUGCCUGCCCGAGUCCGCCCUCGCCACCUACCCCGCCACCGAUGCCUCCAAGCCCGGCUCCUCCCAGCCCCUUGCCCCCUUCGCCGGCCCCUCCCAGCCCUGCGCCCCCUUCGCCGGCCCCUCCCAGCCCUCCCCCGUCGCCCGAGCCACCCUCGCCAGCCCCACCCAGCCCCUUGCCUCCUUCGCCGGUGCCUCCCAGCCCCGCGCCACCUUCGCCGGCCCCUCCCAGCCCUCCUCCGUCGCCCGAGCCACCCUCGCCGGUGCCUCCCAGCCCCGCGCCACCUUCCCCUCCCCCGUCGCCCAAGCCACCCUCGCCUGCGCCUCCCAGCCCCGCACCCCCGCUGCCUGAGCCGCCUAGCCCUGUGCCUCCCAGCCCGGCACCCUCUCCGGUACCGCCGUUGCCUGUGCCGCCCAGCCCGCAGCCGCCGAGCCCCGUACCUCCCAGUCCCCCGAGCCCCCUCCCGCCCAGCCCAAGUCCGUUUGCAGCCGCCGGCUCGGACGUUUUCUUCGACGUGACCUUCCAGGGUGUGAACCUACCAGACGUCAACCAGACGAAGUUUGCACAGCAGAGCUGCACCGAGCUGCAGACCUCCACGGCCGCCUUCAACUGCGUGAACAACAAGCUAGUCUCUGGAUCCAUCAUCGGUGGCUACGUGCUCACCGCCCCGCCGGGCACGCCCCUGGACGUGUUCUACUCAGCCGUGCAGACAGCCGUGACGACCGAUCCCGCGUCACUCUUCUCGGGCUCCUUCCUGUCGGCGUACGGCAUUUUAUCAGUUAGUGGGACAAUGCUUCCCGGAGCCGCGGUGCCACCGUCGCCUCCAACGCCGAGCCCGCCUCCUUUGCCCCCUUCACCGCCGCCACCGCCUCCCCCGUCGCCGCCUCCACCUCCUCCCCCGCCGCCACCCUCACCGCCGCCGCCAGCCCUUUCACCCUCACCACCGCCGCCGUCUCCGGCGCCACCACCCCUCACGCCUCCAAGCCCUCCACCUCCCAGUCCGGUGCCGCCCUCGCCCGUACCCCUUCCGCCGCCGCCCUCUCCACAGCCGCCGGUCCCUCCGCCCCUGGUGCCGCCACCCUCGCCCUCUCCGCGGCCGCCGUCUCCCUCGCCUCCGCACCCUCCGGCGCCCUUCCCACCGCCAUCGCCUCCUCCGCCGCCAGGGCAGUUCGUUUCGGGGUAUGAGGUGACGUACACACCCACGUUCUGUGCCGGCCUGGCGUCCGACACAGGCUUCAACGUUUUCGAUCCAUCGGCCCUUGACCAGUUCGGCCGGAUCACCGCGAUCACAUUCGUGCACGAUGCGGCGAUUCCGGGAGUGGUCGUUGCCGUGAAGCUGGUGUAUGGCUCUGGAUCCGCGACACACACAGAUGUCCUGGCUGGCAGCGUGUACGAUCCCAGGAGCCCCACGCUCUCGCAGAGCACCGUGCGGCUGGUCUCAUCAGGUGGCUCGGCCCUGCAGACCCUGUCCGUGUGCUGCACAGCCACCGGCUCAGUCGCCCAGCUGGCUGUGGGAUUCGCAGACGGCACCGCAGCCUCGACGGGCCUGUGCCCGGUGGGCGCGCGGCGCCGUGUUCUGCUGCAGGCCGGAGUGGGCGCCGGCGGCGGCAGCGCGGGCGUGCCGACUGGGGCUGUGGUGGGCGGUGUGCGUGGCGGUCGAGGCGCGGGCGUCAACAGCAUCGGAUUUGCGCUCGCCGUAAAGAAGCCGUACCCGCCGCCAAGGACUGUGCCCUUCCCGCCAAGCCCCGCACCGCCCUCGCCGGAGCCCUUGCCUCCGCCUGGCCGACGGCGCCCACCGCCACCAAAGGCGCCCUCGCCGCCUCCGCCGCCACCACCCUCGCCGCCUUCACCUCCACAGCCGGCCGCCCCUGGAGCCCCCGCCAGGCCUCCCCUGCCGCCUCGCCCGCCCUCACCCCCGCCGCCGCCUCCCUUCCUGCCCAGCGUACCGCCUUUGCUACCACCACCGGUCGGCACGCCGGCAGCGCCACCCUCACCACCGCCGCCCCCGGCACCCACAACGCAGUCCGUGCAGGUUGCGUUCCAGGUGUCCGCCAAGGUGGAUUACACGCAGAUCGUCGCGAACGUGCCCCCGCAAGUGCCCAACACCGUGCCUGCAUCAACACUGGUCCUGCUCGGCCCGGCGGUGCCCAUUGUUCGCAACUCGCUGGCAGAUCCCUUGAUCGCCUCCACACUUUACGGCCGCGGUCGCGUGGCGGCCUUUGGUGGUGAGAAGAUGAUCACGGGCUGCUGCAAGCCCAGGGGCAAGCCCACGCCCUCAGACCCGUCCCUUGACACGAUCAUCGUCAAUGCCGCCGACUGGGCAGCCUGGUACGGCAAGAAGGUUGGCAAGGCCAUCAUUCGCGUGGCUGACACCCGCUACGUGCCCAUGGCCAAGUACGUCGUCAAAAAGCGGCCUGACUCUUUCGACACUCUUAAAAGCGCGAAGAUCAAGUCCUACUAUCUGUCCCUAAAAGCCUUCCUUAAAGAUGGACACAAGGCCUGCGACUUAUACGUCAUCGGCUCGUAUGACAUUCAGUACCUGGAGCCGCGCGUCUCGCAUUUCCUCCAGGAGUUUGUCAACUACGGCAAGGGCCUCAUCGUGGUCGGCCCCGAUGUCAUGCCGUCCAUCUUCUACCCGGGCUCUUUGGCGGCGCCGUCCCUGGCGCCCUCAACCGCCGGCCGUCGUAGCAUGCUUCUGCAGCGUGCGGCCGUGCUGCUUGGAGACGCCUUCGAGCCCGAUGUUACCGAUGCUGGUGACAAUUUGUCCGACCCUGACGCUGGCGUGGACCUUCGCCAUCAGCUCCAUCGCGAGAUGGCGGCUGCCCUGGUGCGGCGGCGGGAGCUGCAGCAGUCAGGUAGCAGCAGCACCGGCAGCAGCGCCCCGGGGAAUCCGCUGUUCAACUCGACCAGCAUUCCAGUGAACCAGGUAUCGGGUCCCAUGGGGCUGGUGUUCAGCGGGUACGUGUCCGACCCCGGCGGCAACCUGACUGUGACCAGCCCCAGCGAGCUGCAGAACGCCGAGCUGGCGGCCAGCCAGUAUGUGGAGUACCUGCAGGGCCGGAUGGCACUGACAGUUCCGGAGCUGUCGCUCGCCGUGUCCACCAUCACCAAGGCUCGGGCGUCAGUGCCUCGCAGCACCCCUGGCGCCUCACGUUUUUGGGACCUGUCGGAUGAGGCUACCGUGCUGUCUGGAAAAGCACCAGCCCUGCCGCCUCUGUUCGGGGCUCCGCCACCACCACCGCAGCUGCGGCCGCCGCCGCCUCUACCUCCGCCACGGCCGCCGCCGCCAAGCUUCCUGCCCCCGCUGACCGCGUAUGUGGGCUGUUUCUUUGAGGCGGCAUCGCGCCGCGCACUCAACACAACCCUGCUCACGGGAACCGGCGUCAGCGUUGACAGCUGCCUCGGCGUCGCGACCAACGUCAGCAACCCGAACAUGGUUGGGAUGACGUUCCUGGGCCUCCAGCGCACCGCCUGCUUUGGCGGUCGUGAACUCAGCGCGUCCUUCGUGGCCGCACAGAUUGCGGAGGCCGCCUGCCCCGUGUCCUGCCCUGCCGCGUCCAACCAGAAGUGUGGUGGCAACGCCAAUGCCACCGGCAUCCCAGUCAGCGUGUACCGCAUCCUGUCCGCCGCGCCGCCGCCACCAGUUGCUGCCGUCAUGCCGCCAUCGCCAGCACCGGUGGUGUCCGGUGCAGUGCCACCGUCGCCGCGGCCAUCUCCACCUGUGCCGCAGCCACGUCAGCAGCCGCCCUCACCGGCGCCGCGCCCGCCGGUACGGCCUCCACCGCCGGUGGCAAAGAAGAAGUUGUCCCGGCGCGCAGGUUAAAAUUAUGUAAGGAACUUAACAUGCAUCCGUGUGUGAUUACGGUUUACUGGUGCGAGCUUAUAUUUGAAGGGUGAGCGAGUUUCGUAGUUGAUGGCCUCGUAAAUGUCCGAAGUGCAAGAUUUGCUGCAUUUGCCCUACCUGCCCAUGGAAUUUCCAAUUGGGUUGCAACGGGUAGCAUUGCUUGUCUGUAUGGCCAGCUUUAGACGCCAUAUAACAGAAGCAGUGCAGCAUACGCCAUGACACUGCACGGAAUGCGCUUGCUGCUGGGACACUGGGCUUUAAGGCAUACAGCUUAGUGAUCGCUUGUGCGUUCGUAGCUGCUGGUGUGCAACCCAAGCGCACGCAUCUGUACUGGCAUGGUGUUCGAACAUCGACAACUGGAUGAAGUUGGUGGCGUGUGCUGGACACCGAAAACCACUGCAAUCUUCAUCGUUAUUUCCAUUGAAUAGCAAUGUAGCCUCUCGGAUCGUUUAGUUUCUCAUUGAUUGUUAGGGCAUGGAUUGCACUGCUUACUGCGCACGCGCCGGGGCACCAUAUGCGUGCCGCCAGCUCGGUUUCCUUGUAGCAACUAGCCGUGUACACAGGUUUAGAGGGUUGUACCUGCUGUAUCGGAGCUAGGAAACAGAGGCAGGCAUAAACAAUAGCUGCUGAGAGACGCAGGCCGGGAAGAGGGAGGCACCCGGGGUUGCCCGGGGGCCUGCGCGUAUUGUAACGCCUGGGCGUU